CUUUUUGUGUUUCCCGCACCGUCAAUCAAAAUAGAAAAAAAUCGACCCGAAUUCAACGAUCAACACUAGCCCGCCUUUGAUAAAAUAAUCAUGUUCGGAGUUUGGCUGGUUUGGUAAUCUUCCAUAUGUACGCUAUGACUGAUACGUAAACGUUUAGCGCAUCGAAACGGCAACUAAUCGGUGAGUUUGGGAGAGCAGCAGCGGAGCGAGCUGCGUCUUUUUAUCGUUAGCUCCUUCGCUAACUAGCUGGAUAUGGUCAGCUAACCGAGCUAGCUGACUACCUCUCGGAGUUGAUAAAAGUAAAACUCGUUCUGGGCCCGAACCCUCCUGGAAUCUACACCGCAAAAUUGAAUUUCGCAGACGGCGAACCGGAGAGUGGGGAUGCUUUGCGGGCUUUUCUGGCAGGCAGGAGUUGAAGAUUACAGACUUUUGCUCGGUUUCCCCCUCUCUCCCUGCUAGCGCCAGAGCAGUCUCUGAAACAAGGAGAAAUGGCGUCCGCGGACGUGGACAGCAGUCAGAGCGAGUUCCUGCAAGCUGGCGGCGCAGGCGACACACAGACAACAGACAUGUCGGCUAUUCAGCUGACUGGCUCAGACCGGUGGGAGGUGUUGACCCCCGUCUCGGCUGCAAAGGAAGACCAAGGCGUCGUCCACAUUCCAAACUCGGGGAUUGUCACGUCUAACGGGCAGUAUGUGCUUCCAAUCGGGAGUCUUCCGAGCCAGCCCAUUUACGUUACAGCGUCUGGGAGCGAGGCCACAGCUAAUGGAGUGUCAGGCAUUCAAUAUCAGGUCAUUCCCCAAAUCCAAAACGCCGACGGGACACUCACGGGAUUCCCCACACAAGGACUGGACGACGGUACAGGCCAGAUUCAACUCCUCCAAGAUGGCAGCCAGAGCAAUAUUGGAAUCAGCUGCUCCACGACAGCAGCCACAGACCUCCUCACGCAGGCAGGCCAGGUUCAGUCCAUCCAGGGCGUCUCGUUGGCCGGCGGUUCGGCGUACGCCGGCACCGUGCCUGUAGGGCUUCCCGGCAACAUCACGUUCGUCCCUAUAAACAGCGUGGAUCUGGAGUCGCUAGGGUUGACGGGGGCACAGACGGUACCGAUUGCCACUGGGGUAACACCCGAGGGCCAGCUGAUUAUGAGCAGCCAGCCGCUAGAGAACCAGAGCCAGAACUGCAGCAGCAAGCAGUCUAUGGUGACUGUGAGUGACCCCAACACCAACCAAGAGAUCUACGUGCCAACCACUUCCUCCUCUUCCAACGCCUCCCAGCUCCCGGCGACCAUCGACGGCACAGGGGUUCUCACGCAGGCCACAGCUGUGUCUGCGGGGGUGGCCGACCCCUCUUCCACGGAGAACUUCAACUCCCACAACCACCUACAGCAAAUGCAGGGCUCGUCCUCCAACGCCACCACCAUCUCCCAGCCCAUCCUGCUGUCGGGGGACGCUCAGGCCCAGGUGGCGCAGGUAGCCCAGGUGGCCCAGGGCCAGGACCUGUCUGGAGCCGGUCAGACUCUGCAGAGUGUGCAGCUGGUCAACCCAGGUACCUUCCUCAUCCAGGCCCAGACCGUCACCGCCACGGGCCAGAUCCAGUGGCAGACCUUCCAGGUUCAAGGUGUCCAGUCGCUCCAGGGGCUCCAGUUGCCCCAGGGUCAGGGUCAGACCCAGCAGCUGACUCUUGCCCCAGUCCAGACCCUUCCCUUGGGCCAGACCGGCCAGGUCAGCCUCCCCAACCUCCAGACUGUCACAGUUAACUCCGUAACACAAACUGGAGUCCAGUACACACAGGGAGACGACGCCAGGAGUCCGGCUGGGAUUCAGAUCAAAGAAGAGCCGGACUCGGAGGAGUGGCAGCUCAGCGGGGACUCCACACUGAACCCCAGCGACCUGAACAACCUGCGGGUCCCCAUGGGAGACGAGGACAUGGACACGGCGGGCGGGGACGGCAAACGGCUCCGCAGGGUGGCCUGCACCUGCCCCAACUGCAAGGAGUCAGGAGGAAGGGGCUCCGGCGUGGGAAAGAAGAAGCAGCACAUCUGCCACAUCGCCGGCUGCGGGAAGGUCUACGGGAAAACGUCUCACCUGAGAGCUCACCUGCGCUGGCACAGCGGAGAGAGGCCCUUCGUUUGCAACUGGAUGUACUGCGGGAAGAGGUUCACCAGGAGCGACGAGCUUCAAAGACACAGGAGGACACAUACAGGAGAGAAGAAGUUUGUGUGCUCCGAAUGCUCCAAGAGGUUCAUGCGCAGCGACCACCUGGCCAAGCACAUAAAGACUCAUCAGAACAAAAAGGGCGGCGUGCCCACCUCCACCUCUCCACCCACCACCGACGCCGUCAUCACCACGGACGGAACCACGCUCAUCCUCCAGACCGCCACCGCCCACGACCUUGUAGCCAAUCAGGAGAUCCCUCUGCAGCUGGUCACCGUGGCGCCCGGUGAGGUCAUGGAGUGAGGGACGGGAAGGAGGGAGGGGCUUCUCUGACAACAGGCCAAUCACAGGGACCUCUUGAGCUUUUUCUCUUCCCCACUUCUUUUUUUUUUU